AUGCCUCUCAGGUUCAUUCAGCAGGCUUAUGAGUGGCGGUCGACAUACGAGCGUGCCAUAUACCUCUCUAAAGGUGUAUUGCGUCUAGAUGAGUCUCAUAUCGAAGCUGAGAAGCUGCGGACUGCAGCAGAACUCAGCGCAGCCACAUCUUGCAUGGAAGAACGGUCUUUAGUGGAACAAACCAUAGAGGGAUUUCGAGAGCGUCUCCUAUCGCAAGUUUUCACGGACAACGAUACGGUUAACGAGAUCGCAAAAUAUGUUCUAACAUCGCAAUCUAAGCUUUUUAGGCCCCGUCUUGGCCUCAUGAUCGCUCGCGUGCUCUCUGUCCGUUCCUCAGCACCUGCAGAGAGCGGAACUAUGACGCCAUCACCGGAUGGUCGAACUGCAGCAGAUAAAGUCGGUACUGCAUGCACAGAUGAUUUGAUGGAACGAGUGCUGCGCUUACUGCAAUCAUACGAGAUCGUUCACGCUGGAAGUUUAAUUCAUGACGACAUACUAGACGACGCCGAAACCCGGCGGCGCCUCCAGUCGGUUCACCUAAAGGUUGGAACUAAGUUGGCUGUGCUUGUGGGCGAUUUGAUGCUAACACGGGCGUGUUCCACUGUGGCUAAUUUGGGAUCGCAGCAAUCGACGGUACGCAUGGCCAAGGCGCUUGAGAACCUGAUCAAGGUACGGUUUGGCAAUUAA